UAAAAAUUUAAAUAUAUAUAAAUAGUGUCUUGCGAUCUUCGCGCGUUACAUCAUAUCAAUCUUAGCGAAAAUCUUAGUGUGGCAUGAAAUUUUCUGCGUAUCAUGCUCAUUAUGCAUUAUUCUCGGCUCCUUUUAUAGGUCUCUUAAUGUUUUAUGUCAAAUGCACGGUAUUGCAUUGAUAAAAAUCAAGUGAUCAAUAUAUAUAACUAUAAGAAUCAUUGUAAAUAUAUUGUGACCACAAAGUAAAGAUUAAAAAAAAAUGAAAAUGACAAUGGUUCCAGCUAAGCAUACUCUUCAUAGUGGAAUUUUUCAUCCUGUCUUACGACAGUGGCAGUCGCCAAAUGUAGAGAUCACUGCUAAUAAUCUUAUGUAUCCCAUAUUCAUAUCGGAUGAGAAAAAUGCUAAAGAUGCUAUUAGUAGUAUGCCUGGUAUAUAUCGUUAUGGUAUUAAUCAGUUAGAAAAUGUGUUAACACCUUUAGUUGCAAAAGGAUUGCAAUCUGUCUUAUUAUUUGGCAUUUUGCAACAUCUUGAAAAGGAUGAGAUUGGAAGCAACGCUGACAGUGCAAAGAAUCCUAUUAUUCAAGCUUUACCAUUAUUGCGAAGAAAGUUUCCCAAUUUAUUGAUAGCAUGUGAUGUUUGUUUAUGCCCAUAUACAAUUCAUGGACACUGUGGUAUCCUCAAUAACGAUGGUAGCAUAAAUAAUACAGACAGUAUUCGAAGGAUUGCUGAAAUUGCUGUGUCAUAUGCAAAAGCUGGUGCUCAGAUUGUUGCACCAUCCGAUAUGAUGGAUGGCAGGAUAGGUGCAAUAAAACAUGGUCUAGCUACUGCCGGAUAUUCAAAUAAAGUAGCAGUUUUAUCAUAUGCUAUAAAAUUUGCAUCAGGGCUUUAUGGGCCUUUCCGGGACGCAUCGCAAUCUGCCCCAAAGUUCGGUAAUCGCAUGUGCUAUCAGCUACCACCUGGGAGCAAUGGUUUGGCAGCCAGAGCUGCUGCAAGAGAUGUAGAUGAAGGAGCGGAUAUGCUAAUGGUAAAACCAGGACUACCUUAUUUGGACGUAGUACGAUGUACGAAGGAUACAUAUCCACAAUAUCCUUUAUUUGUGUACCAAGUUUCGGGAGAGUACGCUAUGCUGCAUCAUGGUGCACAAAACGGUGCGAUCAAUUUGGAAAAUGUGCUGAAUGAAAUAUUACUCUCCAUGAGAAGAGCAGCUCUGCUAAUGGUGGGGCUGCUUGCAGUCGCCACACUUGCAAAGGAAGAUAAAGAGAAGGAAGAUAUUGGUACAGUGAUAGGAAUUGAUUUGGGUACAACUUAUUCCUGUGUUGGAGUUUACAAGAACGGCCGCGUGGAGAUCAUCGCCAACGAUCAGGGUAACCGUAUCACGCCGUCUUACGUGGCAUUCACCAAUGACGGCGAACGUCUGAUCGGCGACGCCGCCAAGAAUCAACUGACGACAAAUCCGGAGAACACUGUGUUCGACGCCAAACGGUUGAUCGGCCGCGAAUGGUCGGAUCCAACUGUACAACACGAUGUGAAAUUUUUCCCAUUCCCCGUCAUCGAGAAGAACAGUAAACCUCACAUCAAAGUCGAGACUAGCCAGGGUGAGAAGGUAUUCGCGCCCGAGGAGAUCUCAGCUAUGGUACUGGGCAAGAUGAAGGAAACCGCCGAAGCGUAUCUCGGCAAGAAAGUCACUCACGCGGUCGUCACUGUGCCGGCUUAUUUCAAUGAUGCUCAAAGACAGGCGACUAAGGACGCUGGAACGAUUUCUGGUCUGGUCGUAAUGAGGAUUAUCAAUGAGCCAACUGCCGCCGCUAUUGCGUACGGUCUAGACAAGAAAGAUGGCGAGAAGAACGUACUGGUAUUCGAUUUGGGCGGUGGCACUUUCGAUGUGAGUUUGCUUACCAUCGACAACGGCGUGUUCGAGGUAGUUGCUACCAAUGGCGAUACCCACUUGGGUGGCGAAGAUUUCGAUCAGCGCGUAAUGGAUCAUUUCAUCAAAUUGUAUAAAAAGAAGAAGGGCAAGGAUAUCCGCAAGGACAACCGAGCUGUGCAAAAACUACGUCGUGAAGUUGAAAAGGCCAAGCGAGCGCUUAGUGCUAGCCAUCAGGUCAGGAUCGAAAUUGAAUCGUUUUUCGAGGGCGAAGACUUCUCCGAGACGUUGACCCGUGCCAAAUUCGAAGAAUUGAACAUGGAUCUCUUCCGUAGCACCUUGAAACCCGUGCAGAAAGUUCUGGAGGAUUCCGACAUGAGCAAGAAGGAUGUAGAUGAAAUUGUUCUAGUCGGCGGUUCGACCAGGAUUCCGAAAGUUCAACAGUUGGUUAAGGAAUUCUUUGGCGGCAAGGAACCAUCGCGAGGUAUUAAUCCCGAUGAAGCCGUCGCUUAUGGCGCUGCUGUACAAGCCGGUGUGCUCUCCGGAGAACAAGAUACCGAUGCUAUCGUACUUCUUGAUGUUAAUCCUCUCACAAUGGGUAUCGAAACUGUCGGAGGUGUGAUGACUAAACUCAUUCCAAGAAACACAGUCAUUCCUACGAAGAAAUCUCAGAUUUUCUCCACGGCGUCUGACAGCCAGCACACUGUCACAAUUCAGGUGUACGAGGGCGAGCGUCCUAUGACCAAGGACAAUCAUUUGCUCGGCAAAUUCGAUCUGACCGGCAUUCCACCAGCGCCGCGAGGCAUACCGCAGAUUGAAGUUACCUUCGAGAUCGACGCCAACGGUAUUCUGCAGGUGUCCGCCGAGGACAAGGGUACAGGCAAUCGCCAAAAGAUAGUCAUCACGAAUGAUCAGAACCGCCUGACGCCCGAUGAUAUCGAACGGAUGAUUAAGGAUGCAGAGAAGUUUGCCGAUGACGAUAAGAAGCUUAAAGAGCGAGUGGAAGCGCGCAACGAACUCGAGUCGUACGCGUAUUCGCUCAAGAAUCAAUUGGCCGACAAGGAAAAACUCGGCUCGAAGGUGAGCGAUGCAGACAAGGCCACGAUGGAGGAAGCGAUCGAAGAGAAGAUCAAAUGGUUAGAGGAGAAUCAGGACACGGAUCCAGAAGAAUACAAAAAACAAAAGAAGGAACUUACCGAUAUUGUUCAGCCAAUCAUCGCCAAAUUGUAUCAGGGCGCAGGCGGUGUUCCACCUACCAGCGGUGGCGAUGAGGAAGAUAUCAAGGACGAGCUUUAACUGCAAGCUGCAGAUUCCGCUCCUUUUGGUUUGCGGUUUGGACUGAUUACUCGCCUCCACGAGCAAAUACUUUACGGAAGUGUCGUUAAUACAUAAUAAUUAUACGAAAUGCUGAGAACGAAAUAUUCUCGCCGUACGUUUAGCUCUAAAAGCGUUCGGUUCUAAGUUUCUUUUAGAUAAUAUAUAGUAUAUCUAAUUUUAAGACUCUUAGUUUAGAAGGACAUUUGAAGCUAAAUGUGCAGUGAGAGUAUAACAAGUCUUUGUUGUAAAUCGUCAAUGUGUGUACAUUUAAGAAAAGUGCGAGAAAGUGCUCAGGAUGCCGGAUGUUUUGUCAGAUUUUUCAUGCACUUCACGUGACAGCGCUCGGACAAAUGUAUGUUAUAAAUAUGUUAAAUAUUUAUUAAUUUAUACAAAAUUUUAACAAUUAUUUAUAUCAGUUCUAACAUUGUCUCGCAUUUUCCUUGAACGAGCAAUUCUUGUGUUCUAAGUUGAUCGCUCGAUUAUGUGCACAAGAUGCGUCGAGAGAACUCGAUUGAAAUACAAUAAAACGAAAGUUUAACGAGUGCGUACAAUACACAUUAUUUGAAGAUUUUGUUCUAUUGUGCUUCUAUUGCGUUUGACUCAUCCGACUUUGAAUUGUGCGAUGCCAAUGUAAGAAAGUAUUGUCGUAUGGAAUCAUUGUCAGCCAGUCUCUGUAUCGUGUUUGCUAAGGAGGAAUUUGACUUUUUUAAGGAGAAACUCUCUUGAUUAGGAGAGAGAGAGAAAGAGCAAUCCGACGCAGAGGGUCCAGGGGAGGGAUUCCAAUUCUGCUCAUUCCUCCCCCGCGGCGAAUACACUCACAUACAUUGACUCCACUGCGUCGUUAAUUUAUUUUGAAUUGUUUUGUAUGUUUCAUUAAAUGUAAUAAUCGAUUCAUCGCAGAGCAAUGCAAAGGUUUGUUCGUGAGUAUGCGUGAAAGAAUGAAUGGUGAAUGCGCAAAUACGCGGGCUGGUAACUCGUAUACUGCCAUCGAGUUACAUCGUACUAUGUACAAUGUAGCCCAAUCUCUAUGUGUGUGAGCGCAAAUAUGUAUCAGUAAGAAUAAAGAUUUUUUCAAUAAA